AUACACUCUGCUCUACACCAGUGGUCUCUCUCUCUCUCUCUCUCUCUCUCUCUCUCUCUCUCUCUCAGCUAAACAGCUACAGAUCAGCAAUCUCUGUCCCCAUUACCUCUUCCAACGCCAGAAGUCUUCCUUCCCCGAACCGAUCUCUUUUUUUCUUUUCAAAAAAAGUUAAAGAAACAAGAAAAGGGUAAUACCCAAAAGCUAUUUCAGUAUUUCAAUGUUGAAAACCUCAAAAACUCUCCCUCCCUCUCAACUCCAUUGUUCAAAUGUGAGUGGGGAUAUGGGUUACCAUUGAGUUUACCAGACAAAGCUAGUUACCCAUUUACUCGCAUCCAGUUAGUAGUUAAGUUUUCUCUCCUCCUCCACCAGCUUUUCGUUGUGCUGUUCUUUUCUUGCUUUGGUUAAUUUGUGCGCUUUUACUUCUUGUCACCAAUUGAUUAGACCCAUAGAAAGUGGGAAAUGUGGGAUUCGCUUUUCUUGGUGUGAUGAGUAUGCAACCGGUCUCACUUUUCCAUGAAAUUAAGGGAAAGUGCAAUUAAGCAAAGAAAUUAGGGGUGCUAAAAUUGUGCCUUUUCAUAUUUCCUGCAACAUUUCAACUUCAAUCUGCAAAGAUGAGGAAGCAUGGGUGGCAGCUUCCCUACCAUCCUCUCCAGGUGGUAGCUGUUGCUGUGUUCAUGGCAUUGAGUGUUGCCUUCUAUGUGUUUUUUGCACCUUUUGUAGGGAAGAAAUUGUUUCAGUACAUUGUGAUGGGGAUUUAUACACCUCUUAUUAUGUCUGUGUUUGGGCUAUAUAUAUGCUGUGCUGCCACGGAUCCUGCUGAUCGAGGAGUUUUCAAGUCCAAAAAGUAUCUUAAGAUUCCUGAUCACAAAAAACAUUUCCAAACAAAGGAUUUUAAACUAGGGACGGAGUCAACUUCAUCAGUGCUUGAUGGGGAGAAGUCCUUUAACAAAAAAAGCAAAGCUCAAGCAGCUGCAAAUCAUCUUGAUCAAUCUGUAGAGAAAAGUGAGGAUUCUUCUCACCCAACAGUGUGCUCUUCUAUGCUUCUCCCUUUACUUCCAUGUGCUUCUAGAUGCUGUUCAAAUCGAUGUGAAGAGCCUUCUGACCUACAAACUAGUGAAGAUGGCAUGUUCUAUUGCAGCUUGUGUGAAGUUGAGGUGUUCAGAUACAGCAAGCAUUGCAGAGUAUGUGAUAAAUGUGUUGACCGGUUUGAUCAUCAUUGCAGGUGGCUAAACAAUUGUGUUGGGAAGAGGAACUAUAGAAAAUUCUUCACCCUCAUGGUAUCAGCUCUUUUAUUGCUUAUACUUCAGUGGUCAACUGGAAUCCUUGUUCUGAUCCUUUGCUUUGUUGAGAAGAAGAGAUUUUCAGUGGAUAUAACCUCUAAGCUAGGCAGCAGUUUCUCUGUGGUUCCUUAUGUAAUGGUUGUGGCGGUCUGCACCAUAUUGGCAAUGCUUGCAACGCUUCCACUCGCUCAGCUUUUCUUCUUUCACAUACUUCUCAUUAAAAAGGGAAUUAGUACAUAUGAUUAUAUUAUGGCACUGAGAGAGCAAGAACAGGGGAUUGGAGGUCAACAAAGUCCUCAGAUGUCAACUGUGAGUUCCCUAACAGGCUUAAGCAGUUCCAGCUCCUUCAAUACUUACCAUCAAGCAGCAUGGUGUACUCCCCCUCGCCUCUUUCUUGAAGAUCAGUAUGAUGUAGUCCCUCUAGACAAUGGGUCUGUUAGUUCACUUGGAAAGAAGAUUGCGAGUGAGGAGCCAGUUAAAAAAAAGAGGAAUCCAGCUGCUGUAAAGAUAAGUCCAUGGACCUUAGCACGGCUGAAUGGAGAGGAUGUGGCAAAGGCUGCAGCCGAAGCAAGAAAAAAGUCAAAAAUUCUUCAGCCCGUCGUGAGACAACAGCAAGCACUUUAUGAUCUUGAUGGUGAAGCUAACAUCAGUUAUGGGCUUCAAAAGCCUGAAAACAAGAAAAGGCGGCCCAGCAAGCGUGCGGGCUUGGCCCCGCUUCAUCUUGAAGCAAGAACCACAUUUCAUACAAACCGGGGGUCAAUAUCCAGCUCAGGAGGCAUCGUUGCUUCAUCCCUAGAGAGCAGUUUGGACAACUCCCCUGACAUUCGCCCUUUCCGGAGAUCGUCAUCUGGAGCAGAAGAGGGUAGAGAUUCUGUUGGGCUUUCAACAUCCAGAAUGAUGACCGCACACAAGGGAAUUCCCUUUUCAAGAUCAACUAGUGAUGGGUAUGAUGCAUCUGGUGGGGAAGACAGUGACCAAGUUCCUAGCAGGUUUGUGGAAAGGCCAAAAGAUUGGAGUAGUCUUCUCUUUGGGUCUGACCAAAAUGAGAGGAUCAGCACCCUGGUCAAACCUUCUUCAUCAACCCUAGAUAACAACAGAAUGCUCUGAUGAAACUUACUCUAUCAUUUUGCUCUUGGCGAGGAAGUUUGGAUUAUAUAAGAGAGAGAUUGUUUCAUUAAUUGGCUGAGAUUAUGACAUUGUAACUGUGGCCUACUGCAACCUCACCAUGGAUUAUGUUCAGAGUAUUGAAGAGGCGAGAAUGCUUGCAGCGUUCGCAGGAAUAUGGGCAUAUCCUCCCCUAUGUAAAAUCCAUUUUGUACAUCAAUUGUGUAAACAAUAUGUUAAGUUUUAUGUUUGUUUGACGGGGGCAGUGUGGGGGAGGAUAUGCCAUAUAUCUAUUUUGUUCAUUGGACUGGAGCAACUAUGUUAACUUGCCCAUUUAUAUUUUUUGUGGAUGUAAUAUUUGGAACAAGUAAAAUGUAUGAUGGGGACAAUGUUGCCCUCAGCUUCCACUUUUACCAUGUCUGGGUACACUGUACAAGCAAGGAUAAACUGUCAUGUCCAAACACCG